UGAGGCCACUGUGCAGGAAUCUCCUGUAACUGAGGCCACUUUGGCAGUGUCUCCUGUACAGAAGACAGACAGUAAGACCCCUUCUAAGUCCUCAGCCUCAGCCUACCAGCUCACCCUCGACACCUGCACUAAAGGGGUAAUCAAACAGGUGAUCUCGGUGCUGAGGGUGGACACUUCAAAGGAAAACUGCUCCGCUUCCGUUGGGGAGAGCACGUCAAAUUCAUCCUUCGACUUCAACCAGAAGUUGGACUCGAUAAUUUCGAAAUUGGAGGACCUCACCAUUUCGAGUGAUGUGACGUCAGCCGAGAUUGCCACACUCACGCGAUCUCUUAGUGCAGCCAGCAGAACCUCUAACAUUUCUAUCCAGAGCUUUCACAGUGCUGAGUUCCGAGCUAAGGCCAAACACAUUGUGAAUGAGACCAUUCUCAGAGCUGCUAGCAAAGCCAGCCAUUCUUUGCUACAGAGCAUGCCUAGCACCACCUUCUCACACCAUGCGGUUUCUACAGCCGAAGAUAUAGUAAAUAUUAUCAUGCAAGACCUUGAAAGUGUAUCCCAGUACACUGUGGACGACGCAGACUCCUUCCCACUAGGAGAGAAAAAGCUGGAGUUCCAGCUCAAACCCAGAGUUGUCUUUGACAACUUAUUGGAUGCUGCUCAAACCAUGUACCACAGAGUAAAGGAUAGACUGAACAUCUUUUUCUCUUUUCCACCAGUGUCAGUCACCACAGCCAAAUAUGUGCUGGACUCCACCCCUGUGGAGACACUCAGACGUUCUAAGUCCGCUGACACUGCUCUUGUUGAGGACAGGAGCCGCCCUCCGUCUGUGAGAAGUGAGAAGCCUUUGUCAAAAGUCUGUUUGGCUAAAAGGUCUAAAACCCUUCUGUCUUCGAGUGGCUCUUCAACAGACCACCAUGUAAUUGACACAUGCAGUGAGGAUGUCACUCUGCCCACCAGGAGUAUGUCAGUUGUGAGCAACAACAGUUUGAAGAGAGCCUCUCCUCUCCACGGCAGUGGAUUGAGUGAAAGUUGCAAACCUCUUGUGGCUCUAAAAGACGUAACAGUGGCAGUCAGCCAAGAAGGCUUUAGCAAAACUGCAAAGAAGACGCUCAGCUUGAUCCUAAAUGUGAUCAAGUGUAGAGUGGCCAACUCUGAGAGUUCAUCUGUUGGGCAGAUUGCAAGUGAGGAGUGUCUGAUAGCCACUAACAUGUUAGACUCUGUACUGGAGAGCCUUGACCAGUUGCCUGACAUGAGCGCUGCCGAUGAGAUCACAAGGACAGAAUCCCAUACCUCUAUCGCAAUGGACGAGACAGGUUCACGGUCAAUGCUUGUGAGCCAACAAGAAAUAAACAUAUCUGACACCAAUAUCAUAGUUAAAACUAUAAUGGACACAUUGAAGACGGACGACCCAGAGAUGACUUCAGCAGAAGAACAUCUGGAUAGGCUCCUGUCAGUUGAAGCCCUUCAAGGUGCAUCUGGCAACCUGAUCGCAAAGGUCCAUGGUCUCAUUCAGGAGAUAACCAUAAACCGUCAGCUUCAAUCCAUGGUUGGCCACAGAAGCCUCUCUCAACCAGCGCUGCCUAAACCAGCCCUGAGGAAGCUGUCAAAGGACGAUGCCUCAGAGCUCAUUUACAACUUUGCCCAGACUUCUGUUAGGAGACUCCUGGGGCAGUGUAUGGGAAGGCCUAUGACACCAUCAGCUGAAAUGGUUUUGGAUCAGGUCAUCAAGUUGAUGACAGACGUGGUGAUGGACAGCCUGACUUAUGUGUCCAAGUCUACAAUGGAGGAUGACACCAGCAAUGCCACAAGUGACAUCACUCAUGGUGUUGUAGCUGACCUUAAUGCUACUGAGGAAUUCCCUGCCAGGAGCCUUAGCCCGGCUGAUGUAAAGGCUGACGGCAUGGCCCGCCUUCCCUCUGCCAGAGGGGAAGAGACUAAGAAGAACAGGAAGUGGCGUUUCCUACCGAAAAUGCAUAAGUUUCCAAAGAUCAUGAUUAAGCUGUUCAAGACAAAAGGGGAACCGAAGAGCCACCCUAAACAGGAUGCACUGCCUACCAAACGUCUCAGAGAGACUCAUAUUUCACAGGAUGCUGAGUGUGAGGUUCCAGAGGUUCCAUCCACUUCCCCUCCCAAGGAGGACCUGACAACCACACCGGCCCCUGCUCCCCAGGAGUCCCAGUCCCGUAAACGCCCACUCAUAGUCAGGGUGUUACACGCUCUCUCCAGAGCCAUCUCCAAACCAUUCAGAGGAGCUUCUGGGAAGAAGAAUUAGCCAAAUGCCUGAUUUUAUUAAUAUUAUAUUUUAAUCAGAGCCUUUAUUUAAUAAAACAUUACUGCAUUGA